UCUAAGUAGCAGAUCGAGAUGGUGAACAUGAAGGCAGCCCUUGCCAUCGCGUUGGUGUUUGUCGGUUGCUGUAGCAAUGUGGUGUUUCUUGAGCUGCUUGUAAAGAUCGACCCCGGUUCGGGCAAUCUGAUCACCUUCCUGCAGUUCCUGUUUAUCGCCCUCGAAGGAUUCCUGUUCACAUCGAAAUGUGGCACGGUACGACCCCGCAUCGGGCUCAAAGACUACACCAUCCUGGUUGUAAUGUUCUUCGUCGCCAGCGUAUGCAACAAUUACGCGUUCGACUUCAACAUUCCCAUGCCGCUGCACAUGAUCUUCCGGGCCGGGUCGCUGAUCGCGAACAUGGUCAUGGGCAUACUGAUCCUGAAGAAGCGGUACGAUUUCUCCAAAUACCUGUCCGUCGGCAUGAUUACACUCGGUAUCGUAAUCUGUACGAUCGUGUCCGGUACGAAGGUGGAAAGCACGCAGGUGCUGAAGAAUGCGGCCGAUGAGGAUCCAGUGUCGGUGUUCUUCUGGUGGACGCUUGGUAUCGCACUGCUCACACUCGCCCUGUUUGUGUCCGCCCGGAUGGGACUCUAUCAGGAGGUACUCUACAAGCGAUACGGAAAACAUCCAAAGGAAGCACUGUUCUACACCCAUCUGCUACCGUUACCAUUCUUUGCCCUGCUCGCCGGUAACAUCUGGGAACAUAUACAGCUGGCAAAUGCUAGUCCACUGCAAAGCAUCCCUGCGUUGGGUGUAUCGCUACCGAUCACUUGGAUCUAUCUGCUAGGGAACGUGCUGACACAGUACGUGUGCAUAAGUUCCGUGUACGUCCUAACGACCGAAUGUUCCUCGUUGACCGUUACGCUGGUCGUAACGCUGCGCAAGUUUGUUUCGCUACUGUUCUCGAUCGUGUACUUCAGCAAUCCGUUCACCAUCCAGCACUGGAUCGGUACGAUACUGGUGUUUGUGGGUACGAUCAUCUUCACCGAGGUGGUUGGCAAGGUUCGGGCCGCACUGCAACCAUCGGUGGAUGAGAAGAAAAAAGUUAAAUAAGUGAGAAGCAAAUG